GCCUCUACUACAUCGCUAUCACCCCCUCUCGCUAUUGUCUCUCCUGGUUUCCGGAUAGCGCAAGCCUCAUCAUCCACCCACACCUUCUACGAUGAACGUAGCGCAUACAUCGAGGAGAGCCUUUGUGGCUUUGGCUCAACAGCGGCGCAAUCUUGGCACACAGCACCUCCUCAGGGCCGGCUUCUCCAGCACCUCUCGUCUUCACGACGCAGCCUCGGACGCCUGGAAGAAGAGCGGCACCUUGCCAUCGUAUGGACCUGUGGGCGUCGCUAAAGCGUUGGAGGCAUCGCCGGGCACGGCCGCGAAACCCACGCUCUUCGCGAACGAGUUCUCGCUCGCGGACCGCGUCGCGCUCGUGUCCGGGGCCAACCGCGGGCUCGGACUCGAGAUGGCGCUCGCCCUUGUCGAAUCCGGUGCCCGCGCGGUGUACUGCGUUGACCUACCCGCGCAACCGGGUGCGGAGUGGACCGCAGUGCGCGACUACGCCGCGCGACUCGAGGGUCUCCCCAGCGAUGGUCGUCUCGAAUAUAUUAGCGCAGACGUGCGGGACCAAGCCGCAAUGUGGAAGGUCGGAGAGACGGUCGGGGAGCGCGAGGGGCGCAUGGACGUGUGCGUCGCUGCGGCGGGUGUGCUGAAGACCCAUACGGACUGCUUGCAGUACCCGGCGAAGCAGUUCCAGGACGUUUUGGAUGUGAACGUGAACGGCGUCUUGUUCACUGCGCAGGCUGCGGGCCGCCAGAUGUCGCGUUUCGGGAACGGCGGGAGCAUCAUCCUCAUCGCGAGCAUGAGCGGGAGUAUCACGAACAAGGACCACGCGUGGGUGUCAUACAACACGUCCAAGUCAGCCGUCAUCCAGAUGGGCCGCAGCAUGGCCUGCGAGCUCGGUCCGAAGGGCAUUAGGGUCAACACCCUUAGCCCGGGCCACAUUUACACAAACAUGACCGCGGCGUACCUGGACACGCAGCCGCACCUGCUCGACAAGUGGGCGAGCCUGAACCCGCUCGGACGCCUCGGGCGGCCAGACGAGCUGCGUGGGGUCGUCGCGUGGCUGGCGAGCGACGCCAGUACGUUCUGUACGGGAAGCGACAUACUCGUGAGCGGUGGCCAUCAUGCGUGGUGACGUGACAUCCGUCUACGAGAGUUCUUGAAGCCAUCGAGGGUUCGGGAUCAGAUUGCGGCGGGGAAAUUUGUAGGAACAUCUUUGGGUUCGAGGGAUAACUGGGAUCGCACCCGAAGCAUUGAGUGACACCGAUAUACCAUAACCAGCCUCAGAUUGAGAUUCGAGGCGCAGGGUGGGCCCGAGUCCACAUAUCACCAUGACGGGAUAGAAAAAGGCGAGCACCUUCGUAUAUGUAUAUGUAGCCCUCUGAUGAGAGGCUGCAGUCACGGAUGGGGAAGGGCAGACGAAGCAUAGUAAUGUUACAGUCUCAAGUGAGGUCGACACACGGCGGGCGUACACUCGCGCUCGCGUUGGAACGAGUUCAACGCCCGUCGCAUUUCAUGCUAUGAUAUACGACGGCGUUUCAACUAUUGUAUGGAGGAGUUCCGCUGAAGAAGGGCAAACCGCAAGCUUCGAG